GGAUGCUGCUCGCGAUCAAAAUUUUGACGUCUCAUAAACAGAAAUGGAAGAGGAAAUCAUAUUAUGCGAAUGUUGAAUUUUUGUGUGAAAUUCUUUUCCUGUUUACGCGACCCGAAAGUGUAAUUCGAACGCCAGUUUUGUACCGCAGCUCACCGUGAAUCGGAUCGAUUAUGUGAACCUUACGAGUGCACGGUGGAUUAGUGGCUGGCCGCAAGUGAAAAAGUGGACAGUGCUAAAAAAGCGCCAGGUUUUUCAGUGUUAUACUUUGGACGCAAAGUUUGACUUUUCUCGGUGCAAAACGUUCUUGUGCAAAAAAAAAUAUUUUGGGAAGAAUCUGUUGGCCUGCAGGAUGUGGCCGAUGAAGCUAGAUAUGACCCGGGACGAGUGUCGCGGUGUCCUGCGGCGUCUUGAGUUGGAGUCCUAUUCGAGUGUUAUGAGUACCUUUCGUGCGCAGGGUGGCCUCUGCAAGGAAAAAGCGCGAAUUCUGGAUGACCUGCGGAAGUUGUUGCAUAUUUCGCAGGAUCGACACAAAGCGGAAGCCCGGCGGGUGGCUAACGACGAGCGGUUAACCACGGUUGCCGAGAUUAUUUCUGGCCCUAACACCAUUCAGGAUUGGUGUCGAGAAGGUCGUCGCACUUUUCCCAUACUUCCCCGGACAACUCCAUAUACUGCUUUAACAUAUAUAGCCAACACUGUUUGCGAGCAAAUCACAAGGGAGAAUGCCAAAUUACCGCAUCCCUUUGAAACCUCCAAGAACAGGCUCGAAAAAGAACAGGAAGAAGAGAGGCAGAAAAAACUUGAACAACAAAAAAUCCAAGAACAGAAUGCAUCUUCUGUAGCACCGCCGUCUCACAAAAUGGAAGAGGAACCACAGUUAGACACAACGGAACCAAUGAAACAAAUUUCACCACCUCCUGUGCUGGUAACGCAAGAUCCGUUUGUAGAGGCUGCUAACAAAAGUUACAUUAAUAACGAUUUAAAGAGGUCGUAUCCGGUUGAACCGAGUUCGACACCCAGUUUAUCACAUACAGUUGACGAUGAUACCCCGUUAAAAAAGAAACUACAAUUGUAUCAAGAACUUCAAAAACAGGAACCAUCAUUUCAUCCCCCUCCUAUUGUUACUUUCCAUACUCAACCCUAUUCUCCUAUGCAACAUCAACAGCAACAGCCGCUACAUUUCGCACUCCCACAACAUCUUUUGUCGCCUAAUAAAAACCUACCGACUCCCAGCACUUUUGGGCCAGUUGCGAUUAACAACAACAACAACAACACUUUAGCUAAUAAACCGACGAAAGCCAACAAUAAAAACACGGAUCGGCAGCGCAAGACUUCUGGGACUUCCAAGAGAAAUCAAAACAAAACGAAAGCACCAUAUCAGUCAAAACAAUCGGCGAAAGCGGCCAAAAAUAUGGCUCAACAGCAACAGUUGCAGCAGCCAGUACCAAUUCAGUCGAAGAUGCCCUUGGCAGGAGGCACUGGUUCUAAAGGAAACAAUGUGGGCAGUCCGCAUCUAAUUCACUCCUAUGCGAGCCCCUUGAUUCCCUACGAAAUUCCCCAACUCCAUGGUGGUCCGGAAUUGCCACAAGAGCCGUUGCAGCUGCAGAAACAUCUCACGUCGAACAUCGUCUAUCAAACCCAAUCAUCAGCUCAGCAGCAGGCGAUGUAUGGCGUCAUACCAGGGAUUCCGAUCAAAUCUCAACAUUCAAGUAGUGGUGCGUACAACGUUCAACAACCGCAGGGUCAACCAAGCAACAAUCUGCCUCCCAAUGUUGUGUUCGGUCAGCAGCAGAUACUUCCGUCGUCUAAGAAAGACAUUCAAUACAACCUCACCAAGCUCAACCCUACCAAUACUAUACCGAUGAAGAACAACAUUAACAUACCCUUGAAGCCUGGAAGUCCUUCGAUUAUAUCGGGAAAAGGGCAUCCGUUGUUGAACUAUCAUAAGAAAUCCCCUUCGAAGAAUAUCCUAAUUCCAACAUCAUCGGCGGCAGCUACAUUAGCAAGCUUGGGAAUCCCGAAAACAAUCCAAAGAAAGGAUUCAAUAAGUAAAUCACGUGAAUCGGAUUGUAUCAUCAAUCCCGCCGAUAUUCCCAAUCCUAAAAUAAUAUUUUCCACAUCGGCUCCGACUUCCCAUCACGAUUCAUCGAGCCACAUACCUCCAGGAAACCAGAUUACAAUAUUGGAUCAGAUAACGUUGCAUCCACCGAACACGAUAAUACAAGCAUCGACAUCUGGUGGGGUGACCAUCAUCCCUCCGUCGUCUCAGCAUGCCACUGUUACCCCCAUAACCUCCAAUCCACCAGCGUUGAUCACGAACACGAUGGCACUGAAUAUGCCGAUAGCCAAGCCAGUCCCUACCCCUGUUACACCUGUCGCUAACAAGGUGGUCACGUUGAAGGGACCCAAUCUGGCAGGAUUCACACCGGUGAAGAGUGGCAGUAAGUUGUCCGUGCAUAAACUGCAGCUCAUGCCGAUUGCAGCCCCCGGAUCCAAAAACAACGUAAUAGUUCUACCAGCCAAAGCUGGUGGCGGUGGCACAUUGAAUCCAGGCCAGAAGAUAACCAUCCCUAAGAGCGUUGUCGAAACGAAUGCUUUGACGACUGGUGCCAACAUAUUGAGUCCUCCCAAAGUAAUUGUACAGCAGCAACCGGAUAUAAACAACAUCGUAGUCUUGGACAUCGGAGCGGAUCAGAAGUUGAAAACUGUCUUGCCACAAAAACCAGUUCCCGCAGGCAAAUCUGUUAUUACUGAAGACACUCCGGUCGAUAUAGUUUCCACGCCGAUAGACGUAGUGACAGGGGCUGUCAAAUUGCAGGAGCUCUCUAAAGGGUUCCAUUCCCCAGCUUCGACUUCCACAUCAAACAGUUCAAUAGCAUCAUCAAUCACGGAAAAAAUGGUGAAGCCCCAACAGCAGACUACAGCAUUGCCAAUAGGCAAAUAUAAUAAUUCGAACAAUAGUGCUAACCUAGCGAGGACGACAAAAUUCGAAGCCGAUAGUACGGCCCCAGGACCAUCGGUCACCGUGACCAAAAAGUCAAAGGCAAACCACCAGGGACGAAACCCGAGCGCCACAACCGUACAAAAUAGCAAAAGUAAAACAAAACCAACCCCCUCCCCAGCGAGUUCAACCACCGUUGGAUCUGGCACCGCCCCUCCUCGAACACCCGCUACAAUGAGCUCAACCGACUGGGAACUGGAACUCGACCAAGCGAAUCAGGCCAACACCCUCAAAUCGAACAAAGCCACAACAAAGGCAAUUCACAAAGCUCCAUCAAAAUCUAAUCCCCCAACAGUACCAAUCCCAAUCGCACCGAAACCUGUGAUUGCAGCAACUCCCAACAGCAACAUCCGCAAAGUGGUGCAACCCCUUUCGUCCAGUUCCAUCAGUUCUACAUCCACCCCCGCAAUCCCGACCGAUACGGCGAGGCUUCCUCUGCAUCGACCGGUGACGACAAGCGCUACUACUCCGACCACGAUACCACCCGCCGCCGCCAUACCGAUCGUCGCUCCAAUGGCCACGCCGCCCCCGAAAACUACGGUGGUCCCUAUUUCUGGCCUCAUGACGACGACAUCGCCGCCGAACGAACGAAGCGAUGACACCUCGGCGACGGAUUCGGCCGACGCCGAGGAAGACCCCGAGGUGGAGGAAGACGACGACUGUGUGGCCAUCGAGGAGGAGAUGAUCAUCGACGAGCAGCACUUCAACGAGGUGAUCGAGGAGGACCCGGACCCGGAUGAGACGUUCAACGAGGACAUCCACGGCGAGCGGGUCGAGAUCGUCAGCGUUGGCUACGAUACAUCCCGGGCACUUAUCGCCGAUCUGGAAGGGCCGGAUGGAGCAAGCAGUCCUGUGAUCGUACAGGAAGGUCGAACCAUAGUGUACGGCAGCAAGGCCGGUAAUGGCAAUGUGGAGAUAAACCCAUCGAGUAUGAACUUUGAACAGUAUAUCGAGGAGGCCGGCGAAACGGAAGGUGAUGACGAUACCGUUGAGGGGGAGGUCAACACGAGGCCGGGUGCGGCAAUGACAGGCAAUAGCAAGAAUAUAAUGUUCCAAAUGAUGGAAAUCGACGAGGACGGUAACAAGCACACGCGGACGAUGUCCUACGAGGAGGCACUGGCCGAGGGCCAGAUAAUGGCCGCCUCGGACCAACCGGUCAAAAGUAGCACAUCGGGAACGGGGACGACGGUGGUCAAGGGUAAGACGAAAUCCACGUCCUAGGUACGGAUCGGAGACGUAUUGUAGAUAAUUAUUCAUCAUCAGGAACAGGCCAUAUUUGUUGCACUGGCAAAGGCAGUGAACUCCUCGCCAGCGAUGCAGGGUCGGGGUUAUAUUUAUUUUAGCUUUACGUGUCAAGCACAUGUUCUGCUUGAACUUAUUAUUCGAUCGGAAGUCUAAAAUUUACAACACCUCAUUGAGAGCCGGCACAGAGAAAAUCUUGUUACUUCGAAUAGUGUUGAGUAUAUUUCUACAACCGGUUUAGGUUUCUUUUUUACAAACUGAUAAACGAUUGUAGCGUGUGUCCUUUAUGACUACUUGUAGUUAUUAUUUCUCUAAUGAUACGUAUUCAGUUUGAUAGCAUUGCUUGAUAGGCAUUAAGGAUUAAAUUUGUUUAAGAACAAUGAUAAAACAAAAUAUUGCACAGAAGUUCUGGUGACAUGUUGUUAAGUUUUUAAAACGACGGAAAAUAUAAAUGAUUUUUGCUAUUAAAUAUUAAUAUAAUAAUAUGAUAAGGCAAAACUGCAAA